AUGCUCAAAGAGAUAGAGAGAGCUGCAACAUUCAAACUAGCACAUGGACUUCUAAAGAAGAAACCUAAACCUAAUGUUGUUGUAGAUGUUGAUACCGAAACAAAGGAUAAAGUCAAUGGAAAUGGCGAUGGCAAUGACAAGGACAAGGACAAUAAUGGAGAAGAUAGUGAUGAAGAAGAAGAUGGAGAGGAAUAUGAUGUGGAUGAGGAUGAAUUAAAUGAAGAAGAUGAAGACGAAGAUGAGGAAGAAGAUGUGGAAUUUGUCUUUGAUGAGCUGGAAGGAAUGAAGAGAGAAAAGAUAAACGAUUUGGACAAGGACGAUAUUAAAGUUGACGACGACUACCAAGAAGUGGAUGAAGAUGAAGAGGAGGCUGAAGAUGAAGUAGCUGCUGAGGAUCAAGUUGGCGAAGAUGGCCAAGAUGAUGAUGUGGACAGCGACACUGUCGUGCUCAAAAAAGUUGAGAAACAGACAUUGUACACAAGGUAUCCUCUUAGCCAAGUCAACUAUAAUACAAGGCCAUUCAGUAGACCUGGAAGGUGUGGCCCAGAGAUAUUACUGGCAAUUGGUGUACUGAUGCAGCAACACCUAAUUAAUAUUGUAAAGGAUGUUGGAAAUGGUAACAUGCCUGGAAAGAAAGGCAAAGGAAAGAGGAGCAAGAGCAGUUGA